ACAGCUGUCUGAUGCAGAGAGGAACACAGAGUGGCCCUUUCUGCAUCGGUAACUCUGCCCGUCUAUUUCUGCACUGCCACACUCAUGGGACAUACAGAAAUAGUACAACGCUGGUCCUUAAGGGCAUAAUGACCAGCAUCGUACAGGAAGCCAAUUUGACAGCUCAAAACCCCAAUCAUGUCUGGAGUAAAGGGCGGACAGAGUCAAUGUCAUCAGAAUGUCCAGUGUCAUGACCCAUGCAAGGACCCGUGCCAAAAGCAUGACCCAUGCAAGGACCUGUGCAACGACCCGUGCCAAAAGCAUGACCCAUGCAAAGACUCAUGCCACCCUGUGCAACAGCACUGCCAGGAUCAUAGCCAGAAAUGCUACAAGCAAGAACCAAAGGGUCCAACUGUUCCAUAUUUUGCAGGACAGUACAGAAUUUGUAUUGGUUCACUACCAAGAAUAUAACCCAUGGCCAUAAUAUUGCAGGCGCCACAAUGUGGUCUAUACAAUGCCGACUGAGUAUUAGCGGGCCCUAACUACUUAGAAACCAGAGAGAACUGCCAAUCACUGCUUCACACUUUGUUGCUGCCCGAUCUCUGGUAUACAAAUGGUUAAUUCUAAAUCUAGCCCUAACCUUAGCUAUAACCUUAAAGGGACAGUCUAGUCAAAAUUAAACUUUCAUGAAUCAGACAGGGCAUGCAAUUUUAAACAACUUUCCAGUUUACUUUUAUCAUCAGAUUUGAUUUGUUCUCUUGGCAUUCUUAAAUGAAAGCUAAACCUAGGUAUCCUCAUAAGCUAAUUUCUAAGUCCUUGAAGGCCACCUCUUAUCUGAAUGCAUUAGAUAGUUAGACACUGCUAGAUCAUGUGUGCCAUAAGAUAACACAUAAAGAUAACAUUGUGCUCACUCCCAUGGAGUCAGCACAGAUUGGCUAAAAUGCAAGUCUGUUAAAAGCACUGAGAUAAGGGGCAGUCUACAAAGGCUUAUAUACAAGGUAAUCACAGAGGUAAAAAGUAUAUUAAUAUAUGGUUAUGCAAAACUGGGGAAUGGGUUAUAAAGGGAUUAUCUAUCUUUUUUAAACAAUACCAAUUCUGAAGUAGACUGUCCCUUUAACCAUAAACCUAAUCUUAACCCUUAGUCUAGUUUAAAAGGACAUGAAACACAAAAAAUGAUUUCAUGAUUCAGAUAGAGAAUACAAUUUUAAACAACUUUACAAUUUACUUCUAUUAUUUCAUUUGCUUCCUUCUCUUGUUAUCCUUUGCUGAAAGGUUUAUCUAGACAAGCUCGGGAGCAGCAGAGAACCUAGGUCCUAGCUGUUGAUUGGUGCAUAUAUAUAUAUUGAUUGUGAUUGGCUCACCCAUGUGUUCAGUUAGAAACCAGUAGUGCAUUGCUGCUCCUUCAACAAAUGAUACCAAGAGAAUGAAACAGAUUAGAUA